GAACAGAUUUUUUGUUACAAAUUUUAAAAGUAGUUUUUUUUACUAAGGUCGGCUGAGUAUAUUUUAGCAAUAAACUAAAACGAAUUUAUCAAAUAAAUAUGGGAGCCCUUGACAGUAUUGGUCAACUAUGUUACCUCGGCUGCAUUCGGCCAACAAUGAACAAACAGGCUCUUGCUGCUCUGUUAGCUGCUGCUACAGAUUACAUUUCUGAAGACGAACGACCAGAUCUGUCCGAAUUUAUCGAGUAUUUUCUGAAGGAGCAAACUGAUGUAAAAAUCAACGAAUGGCGAGGCUACAGAAUGUGGAUGGGCAGCAGCACCGAGACAACGCGAUGGGCUUACGAAAACUGGAUGCCGUGGAAAAAUGAUGUUAUCAUAGCAGCUUAUGCUAAAACCGGGACGACAUGGGUAAGAAAUAUAGUCAGCCACCUUAUUUACAGACAGAAUCCCCAGGCUAUGGAGAUGUACAAGAAUCUGCACGCCUUUCUUGUUUACCUUGAAACAGGGACACCGGUGAAGUUCGAAGUUCUAGAUAAACUGCCGUGGAAGAGGCGCAUUCUUGCAACACACAUUCCUGCGAAGUUGUUAAACAUGAAACGAAUUAAAGGCAGCGGCGCCAAGAUAAUUUGCCCGAUCCGCAACCCAAAAGAUCAGAUUGUUUCUUGGUACAACAUGGCGAAGAAAUUGCCAGUUCCAAAGAACCAUGAGCUUGUAAAAUCACUGUAUCCAAGAACGUGGGAAGAGUUUAUUGAAGUUUACACACAAGGCCAACAGCCUUUGGCAUCUAAAGUCGGAGAAUGGUAUCCUGACUACCUGCUAUCAUGGUACCAGCACAAAGAAGACGAAAACGUUCUCUUUGUCGUUUAUGAAGACAUGAAAAAGGACCCGGUGAAAGAAAUUCAAAAAAUUGCCGAUUUCCUUGAUAUCCCAAUCUCCGAAUCUGACUUGGAUGAAGUUGUACACGAAACAUCCUUUAACACAAUGAGAAGGCAAUCGGCUCAGAUCGAAAAGAAACUUGAUUUUUACAGAAAAGGCGAAGUCGGCGAUUGGAAAAAUCACUUGACGGUCGCCCAGUCCGAAAUGAUUGACGCAAAAAUCCAAGAAAAACUGGGCCACACUGACCUAAAGUUUACAUAUGAGCCUUAAUUGCUCUUCAUUCUAAAGUAAUUGCUUCAAAGUUAUUCGCUGUACAUCCUACGCGCGACAAUCAGUUCCAAUUGCACUGUGUUCUCUCACUUUUGGUUGAGCACGCAAAAGUGUCAAAUGCAUAUACGCCAAUCAUUUCAGAGCGGAAUGAAAUGAACAGUACAUCAAAAUUUUAAUGGUAGCAAUUGUUUGCUUUAGUUAGUAGAGACGACACUUUCAUUAAUAUAUGUAGUUUGAUCUUACUUUUUCUUGUAUUUAAUAAAAACCACCUAAAAAUGAGAAAUAAAAGUAUUACUUUAAACUCGUAGACCAGUGUUUUAUUAGAAAUGCAUUUAAGAAGCUAUAGAAAGAUUGCUAAAUGAUUUCCAGCUAGAAAAAAUGGUAAAUACACUACAUUGCAGCA